CCUUGAAAAGUUCGUCGGAAAAACACGAGCGCAGACGGCGAUAGAAAUCCACUUGUGGUCUUGUUGGCACAAAGGGACAUCACUGUCUAUUAAAACAAUUAUGAGCGCGCAUCGCUCAAAGCUUGCCUCCCCCCUUGGCGGGCGUCUGCUGUCUAACGACAGACAGACUGUAAUGUGAUCAGAUAGAUAACGAGAUUAGGCGUUUGCUUGUUAGCACAAGGAUUUCUGCAUCCAUCCUAACAAGAAAUCAGGGUGAUUACAAUUAGUAUGUACCACGUGAAAACAGUGUAUCUUAACGAUUAUCACUCACAGCAGGACAGUCUUCGCAGGGACAGACAGGCCGAAGAUAUCUGCUGACACUUACGUCGUGCGCUUAUUACUACAGGGGUACUUUGUGCAAAUAGUGCAGUGACAACAACAAGGGUCACUUCAACGUUACCCGUCCACUUGAAUCAUCGCCGGUGACACUGAAAGGCACACGGUUCAAGUAAGGUUAUCAGUAGUCAGAAGCACCUAGUUGGCUUCAAAAGCACAAAGCACUUACUAAGGUACCGUUUGGUAAUACACUCUAUGUGUACCUUGUACCAGUAUUGGCCCAUAAUUAGAGUUAUCACGACACAUACGAAGAGACGAAGUUCUGUCGCCUUGUAGCACAUCCGAACACGAUGAAGCCAGCAAAUUGCUUUUCCGUUGAAUACAUCCUCGGAACACGAGACAAUAAGCCCAAGGAGGAAAAAAUUGUUUCAAAAGGGAGAAUUUCAAGUAAGGACGAGGAAAUACAUAUUAAAGUCGACGUUCAAGCUGGAGAAAAACAAGAGAAUACAAAUGAAGUUGAAGACUCUCCAAUGACAACUAACGACAAAGGGCUAGACCAGAACGACCCCCAGAGCCUGCAUCGAACUCGCACAGCCUUUACAAGAGAACAGCUAAACAAACUCGAAAAAGAAUUUGCCAGAGAAAACUACAUAUCGCGAGCAAGAAGAUGCGAACUGGCAGCUGAACUUAAUUUACCAGAAAAUACCAUAAAGGUUUGGUUUCAGAAUAGGAGAAUGAAAUGCAAACGGAGAAGGCUUUCAAUUCACCGUCUACCAUAUUGCUCGCCUGCUAUUUUCCCGCCAAAUCUCCUAAUACCCAGUCCCCUACCCCCAUCGUGUCCUUGCUGUUUACCACCUCCUCCUCGUGAUUAUCGCUUCGAAAAUAUGGAGAACAGACUCAUUUCGUCUUGUCAUAACAGAGACUCAUAUAUCAGCCCCACCUGUAGUGGUUGUCGCCCGUACCAUCCGCUUCCAUAUUGAGUUUUGAUAGAAAAACAAUUAUGGAAGUCGUCGUCUUCGAAAGGGUAAUAACCAGUUCAGCGACAUCCAACAACAAUUCCAACGACAAUUCCAACGACAAUUCCAACGACAAAUUCAACGACAAAUUCAACGACAAAUCCAACGACAAAUCCAACGGCAAAUCCAACGACAGCUAGGGCUUUAUAGAUUCAUGAGAAUAUGGAGGUACUUGUUAAAAUGCCUUGGUUAUCUAAAAAUCUACGGCAGAUGAAGUUGGCUCUCCAGAUUGUUGUGGCCUAAACGAUGAUGCUACACUGCAAAUUAGUGUUGCAAUCUUUGUUUUGGGGCAGGUUUCAGCAACAUCACGGAAUGAAUCAAAGAAUAUAAUAAAUGCAGCCUCCCAUUUAGAAAACAAAUCAAAUAACAGCCAGGCCUAAAAAUGGAUCGUUGGCUGUUGAUUCGAACACUUUGACCUUGAGAGUUUAAUUCUGGCCCAGCACUCACCGACCAAGAUUUAGAUACUGUUUUUAAAUAACUAUGGCCAAUCUAUUCUUACAAAUUCUUUAAUGACGGAUACUAUUCUGAGGUUUUCUGAGAUAUUCUUAGAUCAAUGUUAAAAUAUCGCAUUGUGAUUAUGCACUUUGUAAGUGUGUUUGAGAACCAGUAUACUAGCGUAAAAUAUUCCUAAAACGGAAUGAUUUUUUCUCUGCACUUUUUGACCGCACUUUUUAUCAGCGAUUUUCUUUAAGCAUAGCAAAUAUCCAGUAGUAAGCAAGUGUGUUUAACAAGUUGUGCUGCCUCGAUAAUUUUUGUCAAGUUACCUGAUACACUUGACCAAGAGGUUUAGAGGUGCAUCUAAUUUGAAGUACCACCUCACCUGAAGCGACUAAAUCUACCUUUCAAAAUAUUGUGCAUGCAUUUCAAAGUAACUCAAGACGAUGUAUUAUAUUGAUCGCGUGGAUCGAACAUAUUUGUUUAAUCUGGUUUCUUAUGUUGUAUAAUCUUGAUAUCUUGAUUUCCAAUUGUGUAAUCUUGAUUUCCAAUUGUGUAAUCUUGAGUUCCAAGUUGCUUAAUCUUCAUUUUCAAACAGUGUGCUCUCGAUUUCCAAAUUGUUUAAUCUCGAUUUCCAAGCUCUUUUAAUUUCAAUUUCCAUUUUAUGUAAUCUCGAUUUCCAAGUUGCUCAAUCUGGAUUUCAUCAAUUGAAGAAACCAACCCCAAAAAUUGCAAUAUGAAUUUUCAGUACUAUGGCUGAUGAGUACAUAGAAACUUGACGAUAUUAACAAAUACACCCGAAAAUUAUAUUUUUCAUAACUUAUGUUUUUAUUUUACGUCUAUUACGAAAUUAACCCUUCAUUUUAACGGAAGUUCUUGUCCUAUGUAGCAGAACACUUUCCUUACGUUUUUAGUAUAAAUCUUCUUAAACUGUAAACUAGAAAAUGGAUUUGAUCUGCACACUUUGAAGAAGAUUACCAAAAAUGAUGGAUAUAAUAAACUCUUCACCAUGUUUGUUAAGGAAACUAAAUUGAUCAUGGUUAAUUUGCUUUGUUUAUUUUGGAAACAAUUUAUUUUUCUCCUACCGUGAAAAUAGUAAUUUUGAAAUUAAUUCUUAUAUUUUGUAGUAAGUCGUCAUUGUUUUUAGCUUCUUUUGACGUAAGAUAGAAAACCGUGGAAAUUCUUUGUUGACUUUUUUGCUUUAUUUCAACACAGUCCUAGUGAUUGCUUCUAACCUGAAGAAGA